GUCAAAACUCCGUGAUAAGCCGCGAUACAAAAUCGUGUCGACAUCUUUCUAAGCCGUUCUCGAAACAUAACCUGCAAGGCGAAUUUUCUGGGGCAUGGCACCGGCGGAUCGAGACGUACAACUGGUGAAUGUGUUCACGUUCGAAGGGCAAGGUGGCAAUCUUGUACCAAUCGUACUCGACGCAAAGGGACUUACGGAUCGCGAAAUGCGAGAUGUCGCUAUGAGGCAUCAAAGAGAGAGCGCCUUCGCGCGAGUAGCUGAUGAAGGUUCCGGAGCUGAUUUCGACUUGAAAUUCUUCGUGCCUGAGCACGAGAUGGAAAUGUGUGGUCACGCAACAGUCGGGACGGCCUGGGUGAUGCAUAACUUGGGCUUCAGGGAUAAGUCUGGGCUCAAAUUCAAUACCAAGUUUGGCAUGGUGAGGACACGGCGUGUCGAGAAGGACGGCCAGAUGCAGCUAUUUGUCUCGCAGCCGAAAGGUACUGUUGAUAACAUCUCGGACGAGACGUUAAUCGAGGAGACUUUGUCGGUUUUGGGUAUCCGAUCUGCUCAGCUGGCAUGUCGAAAUCUUCAGAAUGCUUGGACGAGCCGCGUCAAGACCGUCAUACCCAUCAUCGAUGUUGGAACGUUGAAUAACCUGCAGCCUGAUUUCGCUAGGCUCAAAAAUGUCUGCGAGAAGCUCGGCUCGACUGGACUGUACCCAUAUGCAAUUGUGCAGGGCGAGAAUGCACCUCUCAAGGUCGAAGCAAGGCAGUUUCCCAAAGCUUCGGGAUAUCCUGAAGACGCCGCAACUGGGAUCGCAGCAGCUGGUUUGUCAUAUGCACUAGUGGCCAACGGCGUGCUGCAUGUCGGCCAAGAAGCGCUUGUUUAUCAAGGCAGAGCGAUGGGGUUCCUGUCUCAAAUUGUCGUUCAGUUAGAGCAAGAUGGAUGUUGGGUCGGAGGAACGUGUGCACUCGAGACUCUGCCCAGUUCGAUACUCUGAACCUAUGGCGUUGCAAUUCCGCUUUGCAUAGAAGCUGUGUCGCUUACCUCCCC